GCCAAGGGGCUGGGAUUUGGGAGAGGCAGAAUAAACGCGCCUUUCACGCCCGGCAUCCCCUCCAGUCCCGCGGCUCCCGCGCUCCCAGCCUUGGUCGCUUCUUGCCCUGCUUGCAGGAGGCAAGGCAUGCUGAAAUAAAGAGAAACUUGUUCUGUGGCAGGAAAGGUCGUUUCUUCUGGCCAGGCAUUCCCAUCCCGGGAAGGAGACAGGAAGCAUAUUGCAUUAAAGGUGGCAUUCCUCUCCUCUCCUUUCCUCUCCCCUGCUCUCCUGUGCUCUGCUCGCCGUCCCUGCCGCGAUGCCGCCGCCGUGUCCCCGCGGGGCCCUGCCCGGAGCCUCCCUCCUCCUCCUCCUCUUCCUCCUGCUCCCGCUGCUCUGCGCGGCCCCCGAUGCUUCAAGGGGAAAUAAGCUUAAACUGAUGCUUCAGAAACGAGAAGCCCCUGCUGCUGCGAAGGCCGAGGUGUCAGUGAAGGAGACGGCAGCCAAGGCGUUCCUGAGCAGCCUGAGGCGCCAGAGGCGCCAGCUGUGGGACAGAAGCCAGCCCGACGUGCAGCAGUGGUACCAGCAGUUCCUGUACCUGGGCUUCGAUGAGCAGAAAUUUGAAGAUGACAUCUCCUACUGGACCAACCUGGGGCGUGCUCGUAAUGAAUACUACGGUGGGUACUACCAGCACCACUACGAUGAAGAUUCUCCCAUUGGCCCACGGAACCCACACACCUUCAGGCACGGGGCAGGCGUCAACUACGACGAUUACUGAUGCCAUUCACCCUGCUGCACUGGGCGAGGCCGAGCCCUCCCCCAGUCAGGAUGACCUGCUUUUUCUUCUACUCAUGUUAAACAGAAGGAGGAAAGGAUCUGCCAGACUUUGAUGAGAGCAACAUGACUUUUUUUUAAAGGUUUUUUAAUAGGUUACAGAUAACAGUCUUUCUUUCUAUCAUUACUUAGUAGUACACUAUAUACAAAAAGUGUUAUAGAAAUAAAGCUUUUUUGAUAAUCAGGUUGCCAUUAUUUAGUAGACUUCAUAAUAGCAAGUUUAAUUCCAACUGUAUUACUACAGAUUCCUUUUUAGAGGUUUUUUUCUCUUGCUGUCCUACAAUCAAUUGCAAAAUUACAUUAUAUCAUCUACUUUGGCAUAUAGAAUACAUAAUAUUAGCCAGUACAUUUAAGAUGUGCCUUCCCAUUCACAUUUCUAUUAACAAAUAAAUCCAAUUAUUCUUGGGAGAAAAGAAACAAAAGGUUUCCUGUCAAUUGAAGUGCUGCUUUGUUGCCUCCUCUGCCGUUUCCACACCCACAGCAUGCAGCCCUCCAAGCCUGACAUGGCACUUCUGCAGCUCCUGUUGGGUCAAGGACACAGACAUUUACAAAAGCUAAAUUCAGGGCAGAUGAGCUUGCCUACCUACAAAGCCUGUGAAAGGAUCCUCCAGGGAACAGGCUCAAGGCAGGAACUUGACUUCAGCAGUAAUUGCUGAGGCACAGAGCUUCCAACCUGAGCCCAACCCCUCCCAGGCACAAUAACCCAAAGGUUAUGUUUGCUGAAUACUCCCCUUUGUGUCCAUUCCACUUAGUGUCAAGCUUUCAGCCUAGCUCAAAAUAGGGAAUAAAACAACAAAGUAAGCUAUUUAAAAUUAAGUUAGUGUCACACAGCAUCCAACACAAUUCCCUGACAUCAUAAUUUCCUACUGCAAAAUUCCCUCUACCCCAGUUCAGACUGAAACAUGCACAUUAAGCUGAGCAUCAAGAUAUAUCAGAAACCAGGCAUCUGUUAGUGAAACACAGUGGAUUAAAGAGGGAAGAGGGAUUGUUGCUGGCAUCAUGUAUGUUAAGAAUCCUGAAACACAACUAAUUUUUGUAUCACAGCAACAUCAGUGUGGGAGUGAGAUUUCAGCUUGUCAGGGGCUUCAGGAGGAGCUGGGCAGAGGAAAGCACUGCUGGCACUUGACAAAUGCAGAGGCAUGGGAAGGGGCAGGUGAGGAAGGCUGGCUUCUCUGACUUCUGGAACCAAAGAAUCAGGAUAAAGAAAGAUUAAAUGUGUUCUACCAACUGUAGCAGUCAGAGAAGACAGCAUGGAUGCUUUAGCUGUCUCUCAUCUAAAGCUUACAAGAAAUUUCCAAAGCAUGUAUGAUGGCAUUCUUUAUGCUUCACUACUUUCUUAAUUCUGAAUGAAUUUCCUAAUCUUUUGCUUAAAGCCCUUGUUGUCUGCUGGACUGGUGUGUAGGAGGCGCAGCCCAGCACUACGCAGCUCCCUGCAGGAACACUUCCCAGGAGACAGCUCUUUGCUGAGGGAGCCAAACUCAAUGAAUAUGUUGGUCACUUCUCUGCACACACAGAGUCACGCUGGCCUAACAUGCUCCAAACCCUCAGCCUUCCCUAGGCUUAAUCUCAGCAGAAGCCUUAAACCAGUUUAACUGGUUUAAACUGGUGUGUUUCCAGAAUUCUUGCCAGUUUAACUGGUUUAAACUGGUGUCUUUCCUUGGUAGAAGAGCCUUUAUUCCAAACACGGAAUAAUCACAUUCUGAGUCCAGCACAGACUCUUUUGCACAGUUGGAAAACACCUAUUCCUAGAAGAAUACUUUCAUUUUGUAUAUUAUCCAAAAAGUGCACUGAAUUUGGCAACGUUUGAACCAUGCUGGUAAUUUCCAUCAUUUCCCAGAAUUUACAAUUGGGAAUUCAGACCAGCUGAAUAAGGAAGAAUAAAAAAAAGUGCUGUAAAUAAAGACCAUCCCUCCCCAGGCUUUUGUAAACUCUGUCCAUUCCUGCAGGCUGACUCAGUCUAGCAGCUUUCUGUGCCUUGCAGGCUCACAACCAAAUCUAUGGUUUCUGUCUUCUGAAUUCUCUAAGAGGAGAAAAAAAAAUCCUUUUCAUUAUAUUGUGUUGCAGGGUUAAGGAGUGGGACAGAGCUAACUUUCUACAUAACAACACAUAUGAUAAUAUGUUUUAGCUUUGUGACUAAACCAGCGUAGGCAGAACACAAAUGUUUUUGCUUUGGGUGACCAGUGCCUGCACAGCCUGUUUUCCACACUGACCCCCAGCAGUCAGGCUAGGAGUGGGUGAGAGGCCAGGAGUGUACAUGGGUGAGAGCUGACCCAAACUGGACAAUUCCAAACGAUGUAAUGCUUGCUCAACACUA